AUGGGUUCCCACUGGGGCGACUCGAUCCCCUUGACGCAAACGGCCGUGAUCUACGAAGCCGAUAAGGCCGCACUGCAAGUGCGCAAGGACUGGCCGGUCGUGCAGCCCAAGGACCUCAAGCCCGGCGAAGUGCUGGUCCGCAUUGCCUACACGGGCGUGUGCCACUCGGACCUGGCGGUCUGGCAGGGCGAAGGGCCGCCGGUCGCGAAGGCGUUUCCCAUGGUGGGCGGCCACGAAGGCGCUGGCCACGUUGCUGCGAUCGGAGAGCACACGCGCACGCGUCUUAAGGUCGGCGACCCCGUGGGGGUCAAGUGGUUGGCCCACACGUGUCUCAGCUGCGAAGACUGCCGCAAAGGGUACGAGACCGCGUGCAGCGCUGCGGAAAUCCACGGCUUCACGCGCCAUGGCACGUUCCAGCAGUGGUGCGUGUCGUUGGCGGACCACGUGACGCCCAUUCCAUUGACGUUGGACUUGGCGGCCGCAGCGCCCAUCAUGUGCGCGGGCCUGACGGUCUACAAAGCUCUGAAGCAAAUUCAGGGCUCCUUGGGCGACUACGUCUUGAUCCCAGGCGCAGGGGGCGGGUUGGGCCACUUGGCGUGUCAGUACGCGCGGGCAAUGGGCUACAAAGUCGUCGCGGUCGACUCGGGCAAAGACAAGCGCGAGCUGCUCGAGUCGUACGGCGUCAAGCACUUUAUCGACUACAUGACCCCUGACGUGGUCGGGCAAGUGCGUGCAGCAACGGACGGACAAGGCGCACAUGCCGUGGUGGUCGUUGCAGGGGCCCCCGAUGCGUACAAGGACGCGCUCUUGUGCCUGCGUGCUCGUGGGACGCUCGUGGCCGUGGGCGUGCCCACUGGUGCCGCAAUUGUUGCGCCCGUGACGUUGAUGAUCCAGCUCGAACUGCGCAUCAUCGGGUCCUACGUCGCGAGUCGUCAAGACGGCAUCGAAGCCGUCGAGCUCGUGGCCGAGGGACAUGUGGUGCCCGAGUUUACGCUCGAGAAACUCGCCAACCUGCCGGACGUGUUCCGACGCAUGCAGGCCGGCAAAGUGCGGAGCCGCGUCGUGCUGGACUGCAAGUGA